GUCAAACGCUGCCGCCAUGCUAACGCCCGAAGAGAUGGACAUGCAGGCGGAGGCCAUAGCGGCACAGCAGCUGCCCAGCGGGCCCAGCGGGCCCAGUGGCCCUAUGGAGCAGAGGGAAAUGCUGGCGGCGAUGAAGGCGGAGGUUCUUCAGCGUCUCACGGCGUCGGGACCUGCACCUGCCUUUCGGGCACCUGCACAGGUGCCUCCGCGCCCAGGCAUGGCUCAGAUUGCUCCAGUGCCAUUGGCACAGCAGGGGCAACGAGGUGGUCAAUGGCCGGCUCCACAACUGGCAGGAGCGACAGGGCGGCCGCACCUCUCGCCGUCGCAUCCGUCGCCAAGCGCGCUGCCUGCGUUCGGGGAGAACCGACAAGGUUCCAUGCCGAUGCCGUUACCCGCGGUUUCCCAAACGGUUGCCGCGGUGUCUGCGCAGGCACAGACGAAGGACAAAGAGUGGAAGCAGUGGAAGUCCGAGCCCUUUGUGCUUCUGGGUGAUGUGGCAUGGUUCCCUGUGCCCAAAGCCAAAGUGCGAGGCGACUUUCCCCUGGAGGCGCCCGAGGACAGUGAAGCCAUGAGUUUUCUGCGACGGGUCACCUCCUUAAUGGGCUGCGAAAUCACUGAACAGAUGAGAGAGGAGCCUGAGAAGGCAGUCUUUCAGGAAGCUGCACGGCUGCUUCUGGCAGUGGUGGGCUUCAUGUGCGAAGGCAAUUGUCCGCAUAUGCUCCGCGGAAAUGUGGUCACUCGAGCUCCGUUCCUGCCUGCGUGGCAGGGGGUGGUGCCACAUAUGGUACUGAGAGAAUGGUUUGAUGGCAACGAGGCAACGUCCUUGCUGAACUUCUACGGGUCGGACACGCUUCGCAAAGCUUUCGAAGCCGCGGAUCGACCGAAACAGGGGCACUUCAUCACCCUGCUGUCCCGCUGCGCUGCGGUGGAAGCGGGCCGCCCGGGGGCACGAUACCUUCGAGCUGCGUGGCAGAAAAUCUUUGAUCUCUUCCCCGAGCUCAGCCUCUUCCGUCAGCUCCUGGCACAGCUGCGGCGCCGCUGCUGGGAAGACGUGCGCGACCGCAGCCGCAGUCGGAGCCCCCGGCGAAAGCCGCCGGCAGCGGCGACAGCGGCGCAGCCGGAGGAGGAGGGGACCCGCUUCAUCCUGCGCAACGCCGGACAAAUUACCGAGGAGCAAAUUAUCGAGUAUUUCCAGCACUUCGGACGCGUGGUCUCGUGCAACGUGCUGAAAGACAAGCGAACCAAGAAAUCUCGUGGAGUUGCCUUUUGCACUCUCAGGGCUGAAGGCUCUUUCGAGGGUCAACCCAUUACGGAAGAAUCCAUGAAGGAGUGGGUGCUGCAUGAGACGCACAUCGUAGGGCACAUGAAGUUGGAGAUAACGGAGGCGGAAGUGAAGCAAGAGAAGGAGGACGACGAAGAUAAAAAGCGCGAGGAGAGGGUGGAAGAGAGGCGCCGUUCUCGGAUCGAGAAGGAGCAGAGGCAACUGAGGACUUUGGGCGGUGCAGCCACCUUACAAGAGAAGGGCGAAGAGAAGUUGGUACCAAGCCACUGGUUGAGACGUUGGCGGCAGCAGCUCUGGGAGUCGCUUCCCAAGGGCAACCCGGUGGUCUGGGCCGAGCCCAUCGUCUCGCAGCUUUGCUCAGCCAUUUGGAGCGAGGUGGCGGAGCAUGGUCUUCGGUUCGGCGAUCGAGCAGUGAACGAUGCAGUUGGAAUGUUCCAAGAUCCCUCCCAGGAGGGUCGUUGGAGCUUCAUCCCUGCGGCCGAGCUACUUCUGACGGUCGGAGAAGGUCUCGUGGGCAUCACCGCCUUAGGGCUCUUCGUGUGGCCCACCUGGCAGGAACCCAUCCCUCCGAGAUCUGCCUUUGAUCUCACUGCGCUCACUCGGCCCAACUUCGCCCCGCCGCCCGGUACCAUGGGCGCUAUGGGCGCUAUGGGCGCUGGCCCCAUGGGCCCCGGCCCCAUGGGCCCCAUGGCUGGGCACAUCAUGCAGCAGUCGAUGUCAGGGAUGGGAAUGCCAAAGGGCUCUGACCGGGAGAAGAUCUUCGUGGGUGGAAUCCCUCAUCACUGUACGCUGGAAAUGCUGGCGAAUUACUUCAGUAGAUACGGCCGCAUCACUGAUGCUGUCGUCAUGAUGGACAAAACCACCGGAAAGCCACGAGGUUUCGGCUUUGUCGUCUUUGAACAUGUGUCAUGCGUGGAAGCAGCUAUCGCUGACUAUGGAAAGCACGCCAUCGAUGGCAAAUGGGUGGAUGUGAAGCGUGCCACCCCUCAGGACGGUAGUGCGCCCGUAACCUCCACACCUGUGAGCGACGAAGGCGUGGCAGGUGCCUCUCCGGAGAGACAGAACUUCCGGGAACUUCCGAGUCAGCUGGGAGGUGCAACAUCUCCAGAGCAGUUCAAAGUGCUGCCUCCUGGAGGCGCCGCGAACGCAUCGAGCGCAUCUCCAGACCGCGGCAUUGACACAAACGUGGCUCCGCAAGGAGCCAAUGGCGCCCUCCACGGAGCCAACUUCAGCCAGGUGCCGCCCCCCGCCAUGUGAGGCGCCGGCAAAAAAAACGGCGCCUCGCCUAGACCCACUCGCUUGGAAAA